AUGAUCGCGCGGCAGCUAAACCGCUACCUCCAGCUGGAAGACUGUGCCAAAUGUCUGGAGCUGUUCGCCAGCUGGGACGAUCAGGGCUGCAACGUCUACCAGAUGACGGACCAGUUCACCAAGGCCACACCAGCCCUCAUUCAUCUGUUGACUAGCCAACGAGAGGGCUUGCACGUCAGUCUCGGCGGUGCCUGUGGACCCACUGGUGAAGGCGGUGCCUGUCUGAUGAUUCUCAAACUGCUGCGCGAGACCGGUCUGCCCAACCUCGUCAGUCUGGAUUUGCGCAGACAGUGCAUCAGCCUGUUUGACUACCUACUCCUCUUCAGACCGCGACCCAACACCCAGGAAGAGACGCAGCUGCCCUGUCUGCAGAAGCUGGCCGUCAACGUGGACCUGGAGGCGGAGGGCACAGCCGAGCACUAUCCACCCCUGGCGGAGCCCAAGCAGAUGCGCUGCAUGAAGGUGAUCCUGCGGGGUCGCUACAAGUACCACCAGACGGAUCGGUUUCUGGAGACCUGGGAUUUCACACGUAAAUUCACCCUGGCUGGCGUGAUGCAAGAAGAUGAUGACCGGUUUCUGAAACAGUAUCGCAUGUUCAGUAUGCCCACGGUACGCACUCUAAGCCUGGCUGCCAAUGUGCAUAACGUCCUGCGCUAUACUUUCUCCGCUGUCUACCCCAAUCUGCAAGAGCUCUGCAUCACUGACGUGCGGGACGCGACUGUACCGCUGAUAGAUGAGGACUAUGAACGACCCUGGUUGGCCAAUGUUCGCAUAAGUUACUCCGGUAAACGAAAGUUCCGCCGACUACCGGAGGAGAACAUUUGUGCGCACUGUGGCAGUGCCGUGGCGGGCGAGCGACUUAGAUGGAACCUCGGGUUGGCAGGAGGAGGAGGAGCAGACAUGCAGGCCGCGUACGCAGACCAAUGUCUGGUUCUACUCUCCUGCACUAGCAUGGCCAUCGCUGAGCAGCGAAUCGACCCGCUGGACGUGAGCUUGGUGUACCUACAGGGACGGCCCGCCGCUCUAGACAGAGAACGGACCUCCAACAAACUCAGUGCUGCGGAGAUGCUGAUUAAAAGUCGACACGCUGAAAUCCGUCACCUGAUAUUUGAGGCCUGCAAGGAGGGCGCCUACGAGCAUGAGAAUGAACUGGUCAGCGAGCUGGCUUCAUUCUGCAGGGAGAAAUUUAUCCCACUGCUGGCUCUGUGCAAGGCUAAUCUGACGCGCCUGGAGGUCUCGGCUGAGUUCGUCUUCGGUUGCAGCCUCGAUCAAACUGCUGCCAGUCAGAUAAGCGCCCUAAAAGGUGCCUUCACUAAGGUCAGGGAACUGAGCAUUGAACCAGACCGGCACAUGGAGUUUGAGCGCUUCAAAACGCAACCGGUCACCGCUGAGAAGCUGAUACCCUUCCUCGAUAUGUUCCCCGGCCUCACCAGUCUGAGGCUCUGCGCUGGAAAGUGGGUGUGCUGGAGCAACCUGGGGAUCGUUCUGGCCGCAUGUUCCGGCCUGGAGAAGCUCUACGUCAGCACCGACACCGUGGAGGACGUGAGUACGGCCCUGCAGAGCGCCGCGACUACUCAGCCUCACAGCCGCCUGCGCACCCUCGUAUUCGACUUCCCAGAGGCUGCAGUGCCCUGCGACUUUAGUAGCCUGAAGCAGGCCUGUCAAGAGGUGGAAUACCUCCUUCUUCGCACCAACUGCACGGGGCAGCAGACCGACGCAACGCAGUGGUUCCAGUGGCUGCCCCGCCUUCGAUGGCUUUUCUGCAUUCAGCGCGGCCAGAACCGAACUCUGGUAGCCCACUGUGCAGUUCCGGGCACGACCACACCCCAGCUGAGAACCCUGGAAUACAGCGAACCAGGCCUUUUAGCCACUGCUUAUCCCCAGUUUGACUCCCUAUUUUGGCUGCAUAUUCCUAAUCACUAG